AGAGCAUAAAGAAUCCACCGAGCUUCCUUAAGAAUUGGGAAACUCAACGAACAGGGUUGAGAGGGUGAUAUGUACACAGUAUUUAGCCAUUGAACACAAAUAAUUUUUAAAAAAUGGAUAUGUGCUGUGAGACGGCCUCGGAAGACCUUGACAAGACCAAAAGGCUUUUGCAUAUACCCUGGAAAUCGAGACUCCACAACUUCCUCAAUAGUCCCUCACCUCACUCAAAGAAGAAAAUGCGCAGACAAUCUGUUAAUGAAGCGAAACAGUGGGGACAAUCCUUAGAGAAACUACUCAAUCAUAAAUGUGGCCAAGUGGCAUUUCGGGUCUUCCUGAAGUCUGAGUUCUGUGAGGAGAAUCUGGAGUUUUGGCUUGCCUGUGAAGAUUUCAAGUCCAUCACCAGUUCAGAGAAGCUUGCCUGGAAAGCUACUAGCAUUUAUGAAGAAUUCAUCCAAAGUGACUCCCCUAUGGAGGUCAACGUCGAUUACCACACAAGAGACACCAUUGCUCAGAGUCUCCACAAGCCAACGCCAUCUUGUUUUGACGGUGCCCAGAGGAAGGUCUGUAGCCUUAUGGAGAACGAUGCGUAUCCUCGAUUCAUUCAGUCUGACUACUACAAGGACCUGUGUGCUGGUGGCAGGGGCUUAGGAAAACAUACAAGAACUUUAGACUGACUGACUCAGACUCCAAAAAAAUGUACUCUGGCAAUCCAAUUCUCUGCUCUUCUCUUGAAGUGUGCACUUGACUUGAACACUCCCUCACAUGGAAUGGACUUGAACACUCCCUCACAUGGAAUGGUUCAUCUGAUAAACAACCAACGAAUGCUACUGACUUCAAGUGCCUGUGUUAUUUGUAUAUAUUGAUGGUGAUGUAUAUUUGUAAACUUGUAAUAUUUAAUAUUUAAUAACUCCAUUGUAAGUUGUACUUGUAAUUCAGCUUGUUGCUAUAAAGAUUUAUUGUACAUUUAAAAAAAAAACUUAAUCAUGGAUUUAGCAAUGUAAAAAUUCCUCCAGCCAAUGAUUACAUCAAUCCCAUGUGUAAGUACCGGAGGAGAGUAGAGAAUCGGGGUGCGGCCUUAGUCCUCUUCAUCCCCCUGUGGCGCGUUAGGGCAUCGACCAUGGCUCUCCACCUACACUGAACAUUGCAGCAAGGUCUCAUCUGAUAACACAAUCGUAGCCAGAUAUUGCAGCCGAGAUUCAAUCAAUCAAUCAAUCAAUCA